AUGGAGGACAAGGCCGCGAAGGAGGACGAUGAUGAGACUUCAUCCGACGAGGAUGAUGACGAAGAGGAUGAUGAGGACGAAGACGAUGAAGAUCUGGACGACCUCGAGGAUUUGGACGAGGAGGCCCGCAAGGAACCAGUCGAAGACGACCGUAACGACUGCACCGUCUUUCUCCGCAACCUGCCAUUCACAUGUACCAACGAUACGCUCUAUGAGCACUUCACCCAAUUCGGCCCCCUUCGAUAUGCGCGAAUUGUGCUUGACCGCGAGACCGAACGCCCUCGCGGAACUGGAUUCGUGUGCUUCUGGAAGGUCGAGGACUGCAUGACCUGCGUCCGUGAAGCCCCCAAGCCCGACACAGUGGUCGCCGAAAAGGAACGCUCCAAACCGGCCAUGAAACAGUCAAUUCUUCAGCACGAGAAUUCCGACCCUACUGGUCGUUACACCUUGGACGGCCGAGUUCUACAGGUCGCCCGUGCCGUCAACAAGAACGAAGCUGCCAAGCUGAAUGAAGAGGGUGUUUCACGCCGUUUGGUGCGUGACAAGGAUAAGCGUCGUCUCUACCUGCUGUCCGAGGGUACCAUCCCCUCCAACUCCCCUCUCUACAAGAAGCUUUCUCCCUCCGAGAUCAAGAUGCGCGAGGAGAGCUACAAGCAGCGAGAGGGAUUCAUCAAGAAGAACCCCGCCCUCCACCUCAGUCUCACCCGUUUGGCUAUCCGUAACCUUCCUCGUCACAUCACAUCCAAGGAUCUCAAGCAACUUGCCCGUGAGGCCGUUGUCGGUUUCGCCAAGGAUGUCAAGGCCGAGAAGCGCCAGUCUCUCUCUCGGGAGGAGCAGCAGCGAUCCCGCGAGACCAUGAAGGAACUUGAGCACGAGCGCAAGGAGAAGAAGGCCGGUAUCGUUCGACAAGCCAAGAUUGUCUUCGAGACUCGUGAGGGUACUAAGGUGCCCGAGAAGGAAGGUGGUGGUCGCAGUCGUGGUUACGGUUUCAUCGAAUACUACACUCACCGUCACGCGCUGAUGGGUCUGCGCUGGCUCAACUGCCAUCCGAUCGAGGUCCCAGCGAACUCGGACUCGGAAGAGAAGGACAAGCGCAAGCGAUUGGUUGUUGAGUUUGCUAUUGAGAACGCCCAAGUCAUCAAGCGUCGUCAAGAGCUGCAAGACAAGAAGAAACAACAGGCCAAGGAGAAGGCAGAGAAGGAUGCAAAGGCGGAGCAAGAAGAUGACAAGAACCAGAAGGGUCAGAAGCGGAAGCGCUCAGAAAAUGGCAAAGAUGGCAAGGAAGAUGAGGAGGACGUUGAGGAGGACAAGGUCGCGAAGCGCAAUCGGAUUAUUGGCAAGAAGCGUGCGCAGCGCAAGGCCCGUAAGGGGUGA